AUGGGUAACGUACCCACUACAGUGAAGCACUGCUUGAGCUAUGAGCAACUCAUCCAGGACUACCCAUGGCUGAGACGCUGGCUGCAGGAGGAGAAGGUGGGCGUCGUCCAGCCAGCCAGUGAUGACAGCACCAUUACAGGACAUGAGUAUCCAGAGUUUGUUAAAAUUGUUGAGGUUGGGCCGAGAGAUGGACUUCAAAAUGAAAAGGAAAUUGUUCCGACAGGGGUGAAAAUCCAGCUGAUAGACAUGCUCUCACGAACAGGCCUGCCUGUGAUCGAGGCCACCAGCUUUGUCUCUUCAAAGUGGGUACCGCAGAUGGCAGACCACACUGACGUACUCAGAGGAAUCCAGAGAGCACCUCACGUUCGGUACCCUGUUUUGACGCCUAACAUGCAGGGUUUCCAGGACGCUGUUGCAGCUGGUGCUACUGAAGUGGCAGUGUUUGGGUCAGCAUCUGAAACCUUCAAUAAAAAGAAUAUUAACUGCUCUAUUGAUGAAAGCAUGGUGAGAUUUGAGGAAGUCAUUAACACUGCCAAAGAGCAACAAAUUCCAGUCCGCGGAUAUGUUUCUUGUGCCCUCGGAUGCCCCUACGAGGGACACAUUGAACCUUCCAAAGUUGCUGAGGUGGCAAAGAGGUUAUUCGAAAUGGGCUGCUGUGAGAUUUCCUUGGGGGACACCAUCGGUGUUGGUAAUCCAGGUUCCAUGUUUAAGAUGCUGCAGAGUGUGAUGAAGGAGGUGCCCACCAGCGCUCUAGCAGUUCAUUGCCAUGACACCUACGGGCAAGCACUGCCCAACAUCCUAACUGCACUUCAGAUGGGGGUCUGUGUGGUGGAUUCUGCAGUAGCUGGCCUGGGAGGCUGCCCGUACGCUCAGGGUUCGUCUGGCAAUGUUUCCACAGAGGAUGUCCUCUACAUGCUCCAUGGCAUGGGUAUCGAAACAGGUGUGAACCUCGCUGAAGUCAUAGAGGCCGGUGACUUUAUCUGCAACGCUUUAUGUCGCAAGACCAACUCCAAGGUUGGCCAGGCCAGAGGCAGGACACUGUGA